CUAUAUAGUCCCAUUCGCUCCCAUCCGAUUCCCAUCGGAAUCUAGGGUUUAUCCACUCCCGCCGCCUCCGUCGCCGCCGUACCCCUCAGUUCUCCGACAUGGCUCGCAGUUACGAGCCGGAGCCCUCUCCCGUUCUGAUCCCCAGUUUGAUUUGCAUGGCACGUUGAUCUGACGCGCCGUUGCUCGCUCGCAGUUCGUCGCCGAUGGCGUGUUUCUGGCGGAGCUGAACGAGAUGCUGACCCGCGAGCUCGGGGAGGACGGCUUCGCCGGCGUCGAGAUCCGGGUCACCCCCAUGCGCACCGAGAUCAUCAUCCGCGCCACCCGCACGCAGAACGUCCUCGGCGAGAAGGGUCGGAGGAUCAGGGAGCUGACGUCGGUGGUGCAGAAGCGCUUCAACUUUCCCGACGGAAGCGUGGAGCUCUACGCCGAGAAGGUCAUGAACCGCGGCCUCUGCGCCGUUGCGCAGGCCGAGUCCCUCCGCUACAAGCUCCUCGGUGGCCUCGCUGUUCGAAGGGCAUGCUAUGGUGUACUCAGGUUUGUCAUGGAAAGCGGUGCGAAGGGUUGUGAGGUCAUUGUGAGUGGGAAGCUUAGGGCACAGCGUGCUAAAUCCAUGAAGUUCAAGGAUGGGUAUAUGAUCUCUUCUGGCCAUCCAGUCAACCAGUAUAUCGAUGGAGCUGUGAGGCAUGUUCUUCUCAGACAGUUGGAUGAUAGUGCUCUGGAUGCUGUAAUGAAGAAGCUAAGUCCUAGGAGGAGAACCUGGCUGGAGUUCACAUGCUUCACCGCUGCACUAGACAAGAUGGAAGUGGCAGCGCGUGGUGGUGGUCCUCGGCAACGACGAGAGGGAGACGGGAUGGAUGCUUCAAGAUUCAAUGCGGUUGUAAUGAGCCUCCAAUCCAUUUGGCUCCAUUUGGCUUAUAUGUUUGAUGUGUGACCUAAACGUUUGUUAGUUUUGAUAAUUAUUUGUUUGGCGUGAAUUACUCCAGAGCAGGGUGUAUACAAUAUUCUUUAGAUUUUGGUUAUAUUAGGCUGGUCUUUUUUGAUGGUAUGGGCAAAGAGAUUAUUUGUAUGUCAUUGUUUUUAUUUAUUUUGGCCAGCAUUUUUGUGAAUAAGUUCUAAUAGGGAGAUUGUAGCUCCUUUUUGUAGAUCUAAAUUCCAGCUCUUUAUUUUAUAGGGCACCUACACAUUUUAGAUUUAUUGUUUGCUGCUUUGUUUACAUGCAAGGUAUGAGAACCAGGAUGCAAAUGCUACAUCGCAACCUGUGUACCAAGCUUGAAGAAAUUUAGAAAUUGAGGGAGCAUAAAAUCCAAGAGCUUUUACAUCAGAAUGUUGCUGUUGAGUUGGCAUGAUAUUCAGCCCAUAGCCAAUGUAUUUGUUGGUGUGUUUGAGGUGGAUGUAUCAAACUGGCCACCAUUUAUGCCAAAUGGUUUCAAAGGUGUUGUAACCGGAUCCACAGUAGUCUUAUUUGCCUAUGUUGGAUUUGAUGCAGUUGCUAAUUCUGCCGAGGAAGUUAAAUGACCACUGGAGGAUCUCAUGAUGUGACUGAAGAAGAUGGGGAUCCUAAAUUGCCGGAGAUGAUGUCUCAAGGAAUGAGCAUUGUUUUGGGUUAUCAGACUGGUGGGUGGAUGGUGAGGAGAACGGUAGAGGUCAUGAACAUUGUUGUCUGAGCACAUCUCAAGGGACUGAAGUUUCUCUACCCCAAUGAUGUUGAGGUGCAGGUGUAUUUUAAAGGGGAAAAAGAGAUGAA